AUGGCAGAGAAGAACGUCCGCAAGAUACUCUCACGGACCAAACUCGGUGCAAAGCUCUCGGUCGACGAGCACUUCGAUAUGGUAAACGACUCGAUCUCUGAGCGCAUGGAGCGGAAACGCCAUCGAGAGACCUCCCUCCCGCACCUCCUCUCCCCCCGGCGAAAACAACACCGCCCCAUCUCCCCAAGCGUCCCUCCGGUCGCUUAUCGCCCCCCGCAGACCCUACCACCCCGUCUCGACUCCAUCCCUGUCCCGCCUACUCCGCCCAAGUCCGCCGAACCCGCGGCCAUCCCUCUACCCGCAUCUCCCCCUAAAUCCGCUUCGUCGUGGCUGGCCUACCCACCACAGUCCGCCGAUCCAAUCAGACCAGGAACACCCCUUUCUGGUCCCUCGAGGGGUCUGAACCUCACCCAGCCACGGAGUAGGGGUCAGUCCCACCCGCCUCGAUCCCCCGGCUCGCCCGAUAUCUUUGGCGAGUUCGACAAGCUCUUUGCGGACUUUCCUCAUCCCCCUUCGGCGUCUCUUCGCUCCCCUCACUCACUGCCCACCCCGGCAUUGUCCACAGGGACUGCUUCCUCCUACACUACCGCUUCGGGCCACGGACAUGGGCACUCCAGACCGACCACACCGGCGUCGGCUUCGGCGCCGGAUCCCGCACGGCUCGAGUCGGCCAUCAAUACCCUCUCCCAAGUCAUACUAUGCCUACAAGGAACACAAGCCGAUAACGCGGCGUAUGUGCACAGCCAGGCGGACUUGGAGGCGCGGCUAAAGGGAACAGAAGGGGAGUUGGAGGCGGUGCGCGGAGAGAAUGCACGGAUAGAGGCGGUGCUGAGGCGGGAAAGAAUGGAGCGGACCAGGGAGGAUCAAGAGCGGGAGAGCGAGAGGCGGGGGAUGCAGCGCAAGAUUUCAGAAGCGGAGGAAGAGACUACCCAAGCCCUGUCUGCGCUCCAAGCCGCCCAAGCAGCAUCCCAAACCUCCGCACAAACAAUCCAAAAUCUACAAUCUCACCUCUCGGCGUCUCAAUCGCGCUGCACCUCCCUCGAAUCCCGAACACAUACCCUCGAGGCUGAGAUAUCCCGCCUCAAUGGCGCCUUCGACCUCGUCAAAGAUGAAUAUAAGCUCAAGGAGGACGAUAUGCGGCGGAGGAUGGAAGAAGCAGAGUUCAUGCACUUGGCGCUAAAGGAGAGUGGGGCGAGGUUGGGGCGCGAGUUGGAAGGGGCGAGGAAAAAGUAUAGCGAGUUGGAGAAGAAGGGGAGAGGGGGGUUCAUAUGA